GCAUCUGGGGGGGUCCCAGGCAUCUGGGAGGGACCCAGGGGUCUUGGGGGGGACCCAGGGGUCUUGGGGGGUCCCAGGCACUCAGGGGGGGACCCAGGCAUUUGGGAGGGACCCAGGGGUCUUGGGGGGCCCAGGCGUGCCACUCUGGUGCAGAUCGAUCAUCUCAGCUUUGGGCUCUACCUGAAGUAG